UUAUGUGGUGUCCCCAGCUGUUGGUAACCGUCUCAAAUCAAUGUCCCUCGAUUAUCUUCAGGUAUUGCCACCAAGGACGUCACAGCUGAGAAGGACAAGGACUUCCGUGGUAAAUCCCAGAAACAGGUACAGUUCAACCCCGGUCAGACCACGGCCACAUGGAGGGUUAAGAUUUUCACGGAUCAGGAGUUCGAGACCUCGGAAACCUUUGAGAUACAGCUAUCAGACCCGGUCAUGGCGGUGCUGGAGUUUCCAAAUUUCGCAACGGUGGAGAUUGUAGAUCCCGGAGAUGAGUCGACAGUGUUCAUUCCUCAGGCAGAGUUCAAGAUUGAGGAGGACAUCGGAGAACUGCUGGUGCCUGUACGGCGUUCCGGGGACGCCAGCCAGGAACUCAUGGUUGUUUGUUACACACAGCAAGCCACGGCCUCCGGUACCAUACCCAGCACGGUCCUGUCCUACUCUGAUUACAUCACUAGGCCGGAGGACCACAACAGUGUCCUGCGCUUCGAUAAGGACGAACGUGAGAAAAUGUGUCGCAUCAUCAUCAUCGAUGACUCCCUGUACGAGGAGGAAGAGAGCUUCAACGUCAGCCUCAGCAUGCCCAUGGGCGGGCGAGUGGGCGCUAACUACCCAACAGCCAAGAUCACCAUCCUGGCUGACAGUGAUGACGGUGAGUGUAGCCACGAAAAAGAGUGAGAUUAUUGCUAAAAGGCAACUUUUUGAAGGAUGCAAAAU